UCUCUUUGGUUGGCCUUAUCCUAUGGCUAGCUCUAGACACAGCCCAGAGGCCAGAGCAGUUGAUCUCCUUUGCAGGAAUCUGCAUGUUCAUCCUCAUCCUCUUUGCCUGCUCCAAACACCACAGUGCAGUGUCCUGGAGGACAGUGCUUUGGGGUCUGGGUCUUCAGUUUGUCUUUGGGAUCUUGGUCAUCAGAACUGAUCCUGGAUAUAAUGCAUUUCAAUGGCUGGGAGACCAGAUUCAGAUUUUCCUGAACUACACUGUGGCUGGCUCCAGUUUUGUCUUUGGGGAUAUGCUGAUCAAGAAUGUCUUUGCUUUUCAGUCCUUACCAAUCAUCCUUUUUUUUGGAUGUGUGAUGUCCAUUCUCUACUACCUGGGCAUUGUGCAGUGGGUAGUUCAGAAGAUUGCCUGGUUUUUGCAAAUCACUAUGGGCACCACUGCCACAGAGACCCUGGCUGUGGCAGGAAACAUCUUUGUGGGUAUGACAGAGGCACCUCUGCUCAUCCGCCCAUACCUUGCAGACCUGACGCUCUCUGAAAUCCAUGCAGUGAUGACUGGAGGGUUUGCCACCAUUUCAGGCACUGUGUUUGGAGCCUACGUAUCCUUCGGGAUUGAUGCAUCAUCCUUGAUUUCUGCCUCUGUGAUGGCUGCACCUUCUGCUCUUGCCUUAUCAAAGCUGGUAUAUCCAGAAGUAGAAGAGUCCAAGUUCAAGAAUAAGGAGGGGGUAAAAUUGCCCCGUGGAAAAGAAAAGAAUGUCCUGGAAGCUGCCAGCAAUGGAGCCACAGAUGCUGUAGGCCUUGCUACUAAUGUAGCUGCCAACCUGAUUGCCUUUUUGGCUGUGUUGGCCUUCAUCAAUGCUACCCUCUCCUGGCUAGGGGAAUUGGUAGACAUACAAGGGCUCACUUUCCAGGUGAUCUGCUCCUAUAUUUUAAGGCCCGUGGUUUUCAUGAUGGGUGUGGAGUGGGCAGAUUGUCCAACGGUGGCUGAGAUAGUGGGGAUAAAGUUCUUCACAAAUGAGUUUGUGGCCUAUCAGCAACUGUCUGAGUACAAGAACAAACGUCUCUCUGGAGUGGAAGAAUGGAUCGGGGGUGAGAAACAGUGGAUUUCUGUGAGAGCUGAAAUCAUCACAACAUUUUCACUCUGUGGAUUUGCCAAUCUUAGUUCCAUAGGAAUCACACUGGGAGGCUUGACAUCGAUAGUACCCCACCGGAAGAGUGACUUGUCCAAGGUUGUGGUCAGUGCCCUCUUCACAGGGGCCUGUGUAUCCCUUAUCAGUGCCUGUGUGGCAGGAAUCCUCUAUGUCCCCAGGGGAGCUGAAACUGACUGUGUCUCCUUCCUAAACACAAGUUUCACCAAUAGAACCUAUGAGACCUAUGUGUGCUGCAGAGGGCUCUUUCAGAGUACUUCUCUGAAUGGUACCAACCCUCCUUCUUUUUCCGGUCCCUGGCAAGAUAACGAGUUCAGUGCCAUAGCCCUUGCUAACUGCUGUGAACUCUACACCAAUGCGUGUGUACCUAAGGCUGGUCCAUUUCCAUAAUAGUCUUGAUCUUUACAGCUUUUUGAUGGUAAAAGUAUUUAUGUACCCAAGAGUUCCCACUCUUCAACUAACUCACCAUGAUCUUUAACUGUAAAUGUGAAAAUUUUAUAUUGGUUCACUGUAUGCCAAUAAAGAAAAAUAGCAUUUGUCUUUCCAUUAUUUGGCUGAACCAAAUAGGAAAUUUCUAUGAGCUCUGUCUGAGCUUAUAUGUGAAAUAAUAAACAUUACUAUAUCAAAAACAUGUCUUGCAAAUCUUGCUUGUAGUUACCAUGUUAAAAUUAUGUGAUUUAGUCUGCUAUAAAUGUGAUUUGGUAUGUAAUAUGUACUGAGGUAAAAAGUUGUUUUUCCUGGAGUUUUGUGGAUGAGCUAAGUUUAUGGUACUAAGUGUAUAUAUAAAAAUUA